AUGUCUUCCAAGGAAGUCUUUCGUAGCGACAGCGAUGGACAGACAGAACACACCGAGGUGAAAGAUCUCCAUAGCGCUGCCGAGCGCGGUGUGGCCGCAACAGAUCGAUAUGGCGUGUCACUCGUACAGUUCGAUCCAGUACUGGAGGCGAAGCUGAGGAAAAAGAUCGACUGGGCGAUCCUGCCCAUCAUCGCCCUCCUCUACCUAUUCUGCUUCAUAGAUCGCGCUAAUCUCGGCAAUGCGAAGAUCGUGGGUUUGGAAAAAGACCUGCACAUGACUGGUGCAUAUGACUACAACCAACUGGCUUCCAUCUUCUAUAUUGCUUACAUCGUUUUCGAAAUCCCUAGCAAUCUCGCUUGCAAAUGGAUGGGGCCUGGUUGGUUCAUCCCACUUCUCGUCUUGGGAUUUGGGGCCAUGUCAUUAGCUUUCGCCUAUGUCCAAGACCUGCCACAAGCAUGCGCCGUGCGCUUUCUUCUUGGAAUGUUCGAGUCGGGAGUCAUGCCUGGAAUGUCGUACUAUCUGUCGCGAUGGUACCGAAGGUCCGAGUUCACCUUUAGAGUCGCAGUCUUUGUUGUUAUGGCGCCAUUGGCAGGUGCGUUUGGUGGGCUCCUUGCCUCGGGUAUUACUAGCAUGACCAAUAUUGGAGGACUGCACAGCUGGAGAAUGAUUUUUUUCGUUGAAGGCAUCAUCACGAUCGGUCUGUCCGCUAUUGCUGUUGUAAUCCUGACAGACCGACCCGAGACCGCCAGGUGGCUCACUCAGGAGGAGAAGGAUCUUGCUAUCGCCAGAGUCAAGUCAGAACGCAUUGCCCAGACUAGUGUGCUUGACACCUUUUCGUAUCAGAAGGUCUGGCUCGGCAUUUGGAAUCCUGUCGUGCUGGCCACUGCUUGGGUGUUCCUCCUUGACAACAUUACCGUUCAGGGCCUGGCGUUUUUCUUACCCACCAUUAUCGCUGGCAUCUUCCCGUCUGCGCGGGGAUACUCGGUUGUGCAACAACAACUUUUGACGGUCCCUCCAUACAUUGUUGGAGCGUUCAUCACGCUCAUCAUUCCAUACAUCUCAUGGAAGCAGGACAAGCGGCAGAAGUUCCUCAUCAUUGCCGCCCCUCCAGUUAUGAUUGGCUACAUCAUUUACCUGGCUACGCCCAAUGGCACGGCCAGAUACGUCGCCACGUUCGUCAUUACCGCAGCCUUUGCCCUUGGCCCCAUGACCAACGCCCAGGCGGCCAUCCAGACAUCGAGUGACACCUCUCGCAGCGUGGCGCUUGCCGUCAAUAUGCUCUUCGGUAACAUCGGCGGCCUGAUCGCUACCUGGAGUUAUAUUGGUUGGGACAAGCCAGACUACAGGAUCGGCAACGGUCUCAACUUUGCCGCAUCUAGUCUCAUCCUAGUCUCGGCAACUCUGGCGUACUUCUGGAUGCGCCGCGAUAACAAGAAGAGGGACAGCAAGGAUAUUGACGCGGAGCUUAGUGGACUGACCGAGGAGCAGAUUGAGAAUUUGGAGUGGAAGCACCCGGCUUGGAGAUGGAAGCCGUAA